GAGUCGGAAGUAGUGUCGGCGCGUCGCUGGGAGGGUUGAAGUGGGCCUUGGCACCGAGUUCCUCUCUGUACCUCUACUUGUUGUGGCUGCAUCCUAUCUGCUGGCUGAUGAGAGGAAUUAAGUCCCUUUAACGCUUAUUCUCCGAGCGUUGGCCAAGGCAAAAAAAAAAAUAAUCAGAGGCGGGAAUUGUCUACUCUAUGUCUAUGGCCGGUCAAUUGGUCCGAAGGGGGCAACUCUAGGGUUGGACUGGCCGAAGGGUCAGUCGGUCAGUCAGUCAAUUGCUGGCGGACAGAGUGGGGAGGUCGGAGAAAUAAACAAUUUAUUAUUAUCUCUCACCCAGCUGUGGUCGCUGACUAACCGCCCUCCCGCCCCCUCUUUUGCAAAAUUAUUUUGAUGUCGCUAUCCGUGUGAGAGACGGCGACGAGCUCCCGGGACUCUUCCCCUACCCACCCCAGCUCCGCCGAGUGAUGAGCCAGGCGCUGCCCGACCCCUGCAAGCAUCCGUCGACCCUUCUUCAGCCACUUGCCAACCAUGGCCGCAGAUUUGCAAGCCAAGUAUCAGAAACUUGCACAGGAGUACUCCAAGCUUCGGGCUCAGAACCAAGUACUGAAGAAGGCUGUUGUGGAUGAACAAGGCCAAGGCACAUCUUUAAAGGAGGAGCUGAAGAUGAAGGACCAGUGUGUUAGGAAGUUGCAGCAGGAAAUGGAUAGCCUGACUUUUCGAAAUCAGCAGCUGGCAAAGCGUGUAGAGCUACUUCAAGAGGAAUUAGUAACUACUGAGGCCAAGGGCAAGAAGAACAAGCAGAAGAAUGCUGACCCUCCAUCUCAAAUGAACCAGCAGCUACAGAGUGUGUUUGACGAAGAUCUGCAGAAUAAAAUAGAGGAAAAUGAGCGCCUGCACAAACAAGUACAAGAAGCUCAAGAGAAACAUAGGCAAAUUGAAACCGAGCUCAGGGAGCGAUUAGUAGUGUUGGAGCGAGAUACCAUGCAACAUCAUGCGGUGGUUGAUGGCUUGAAACAGAAGUACAUGGACACCAUAGAAAAACUUCAAAAUGACAAAGCAAAUUUAGAGAUGAUAGCAGUCGUGGGUUUGGAAGGUGGCGUCGAAGGAGCUUUGGUGAAAUCGCACUCAUUGGAAAGAGAAGCAAAGGAAUGUAGGCUUCGGACAGAAGAAUGCCAGCAGCAGCUAAAGAAUAUCCAUGCAGACCUGAGUAGUCGAUUAGACCAGUCUACAAGUAUUAUUCAAGAAAAAAUACCUUUUAAUGAUAGAAGGUUUGCAGAAUACAACACAUUAGAUGUACCUGUACAUGAUAGAAGGCAUCAACUGAAAGCUCGCGAUCUUAAUGGACAGGCACUGGCUUUUGUUCGGGAUUUAGUGGGAGCAUUGCUAAAUCUUCAUACCUAUACUGAGCAAAGAAUUCAGAUCUACCCCAUUGACUCUGCGACAGACACUAUAUCUCCUUUGAACCAAAAGUUUUCUGAAUACCUGCAUGAAAAUGCCGCUUAUGUCCGCCCCCUAGAAGAAGGAAUGUUGCAUCUAUUUGAGAGCAUUACUGAAGAAACAGUUACUACACUGGAAACUACUGUGAAACUUAAACCAUUUUCAGAUGUAUUCACUUCUUAUGUUUGCUUCCUAAAGAAAAUUCUACCGUACCAAUUAAAAAGUUUGGAGGAAGAAUGUGAGUGCUCACUGUGCACAGCUAAUUUACAAGCAAGAAACAUGGAACUGCAGAGUGAUAUGCAAAAGAUGACUGCUGCCUUUGAAAAGCUGCAGGUUUACAUAAGUCUCCUUACCUUGCCAAGUACAACACCUGAAAUGCUCCUUCAGACAAACCAUAAUGUAGUUUUCACACAGCUUGCUGCUUGUCUUCAUUCAUUGCAUGAUGUCAUGAAAGAUAUUUCCAAGCACUACAGUCAGAAGGUUUCAUUAGAGCAAGAACUACCCACCAUUACCCAGAAGCUUAAAAAUACCAACGAUUGUAUUCUUUCUUCUGUUGUAGCAUUGUCAAAUGUUACAGGAAAGGUUGGUACGUUCUUCAGCAAUAACCUGGACUUCUUUACAGCUCCUUCCGUGUAUGGAUCAAGGGUAGGAAUGGGUAUAAUAGACCCUCUUGCAGCAGAAUGUAUGCUGGAGAACAAGAAGAAAGCAGCUGCUUAUAUUAAGUCUCUGAAGAAGUCUUGUCCAGGAUCAGUACCUUAUGAAGAGGCUUUGGCAAAUCGUAGGACCAUUCUAAGUUCGACUGAAAGCCGCGAAGGUCUUUCGCAACAGGUGCAACAAAGCCAAGAGAAAAUAGCAAAACUGGAGCAGGAGAAAGAACACUGGAUGCUGGAGGCUCAACUAGCUAAAAUAAAAUUGGAGAAGGAAAAUCAGCGUCUAACUGAGCUGGAAAGUCAACUUAAAACUACGUUCACCGGACCUGUGCCUUCUAUUGGUUCUAUCCAGGAGAAUGGUGCUAUUGCCAAAAUUGAAGAAUUGCAGCUUGUUGAAAGGGACUCCAGUGAACCAGUUAGAUGUACCAGUCUGGUUGGAAUGCUGACUACUUCCAUCAUCAACAAUGAGAUUCCAGAUGCAGAGUCACGUGAACAGUUAAUCAAAAGUCACUACAUGAUGAGGGUGGCAGAACUAACCUCACAGCUUCAGAUAGCAGACAGCAAGUCAGUGCAUUUUUUCGCAGAGUGCCGAGCCCUUGUUAAACGCUUAGCACUGGCAGAGAAGUCCAGAGAAACCUUUUCGGAAGAAAUAAAAGUUGCCAAUCAGAACGUUGUGCGAUUGCAGGAUGAGCUGACUACAACAAAGAGGAGCUAUGAAGAUCAGCUGAGUAUGAUGAGUGAUCAUCUUUGUAGCAUGAAUGAGACUUUAUCGAAACAAAGGGAAGAAAUUGAUUCUCUUCGUAUGGGCAGUAAGGGUAAUGCAAAGAAAAACAGAGGUCGAUAAGAUCUGAGGGCACCAUUCAGUUAGAGGUCUGAACGUUGAAGAUACAGCUGCUGUUAUCUACAGGGAAGUUUAGUAUGCCAAAUGAAUAUUUGUAUCACCGUUCUUUCUCGGAGUAAAAGCGUGCAAUGAUUGUGAUAUUAUAGAGCCUAGGAAUUGAAAGAAAAUUGGACUUAAAGGAAUUUUUUUUAUCAUCCCCUAAAGUUUAAGGAACAUAAUGGAAAAUAUUCUGGCACUGAAAAUGUAUUCCAAAAAUAAUGUACCCUGUGAAAUUCCCAUUCAAUAGGUAAUUUGUAACAAUAGCUUUUUAAUAAUUUUAUUUCAUUAUGUGAAUCCAUAAUGAAGGAGGUUUUGUACAUUGAAUUAUGUGACAAUGUGUAUGUUAAUUGUGUAUCUAUUUUCUGAAAUGAGAUCCAACAUAUUGUGCGCAUCAAGUGUUUUGAUUUCUUGAAAUGUGGAGCACAAUUCUAACUUAUCUAGUUUACUCCCGCUAUUAUUACUGCUAAUACUGCACCACACCUCUCCUCAUCACCCCACACCACCCUUCUGCUCCUUCUCUCCUCCAUAAAAUCUGAAUGUGAAAAUCUGUUUGUGCAUAAAAUGUUAAUGAAAAAACUGAUCAAUAAAAAAGGUACAUGGUAAUGGAAA